AUGAGUGGUAAAACUGAUAGUUCAACGCCUCUAAUUCCAAUAUAUAUAUUUCGUGGACAUAAAGAUCAAAUUAAUCAUUUGGAAUUUUAUCAAAAUAAUACUAGAUUAAUUUCUGGCGAUGCUGGAGGAAUUAUUAUAAUAUGGAAUAUGAAAACUAUGCGUCCCACAUUACAAUUUAAAGCUCAUAAUGAAGGAAUUUUGAAAUGUUUGUUUUUAAAUAAUAAAUUGAUCAGUCAUGGUAGAGAUAAUUUAUUAAAAGUAUGGAAAAUUGAUCGGAAUUCUUUAAAUGAUGAUAAGAGGGUUAUAACGGAAGAAAAGAUUGUAGAAAUAAAGGAUGAUGAUGAUGAGCCUAAACUUGAAAAGAGUCUAUCAGUAAAUUCAUUGAAUUUUUGUAAAUUUGAUUAUUGUUUUAAAGGAGAAAAUGAUCAAGAUAUCUUGAUUGCUUUGCCAAGUUCAAAAGAAUCUGCUGCAAUUGAUGUGUGGAACCUUUCAAAUCAAAAACGCAUUCUAGGAUUUGAUGGAAAACGGGAGAUUGGGUACUGCAUGGCUAUCAAGCUUUUUCAGCAUCCAACAAAUAAAUCUGAGUAUCUAAUUUUAUCAGCAUUUGAAAAUGGAGGUGUAAUUUUAUGGUCUUUUUCUUCCAAUAAAUCCAAAGAUGAUGACGUUGAUGAAGAAUGGUUCUCUGAAAGAUUAUGGAGCGUAAAACAACAUAAAGAAACAGUGUUAGCAUUGGAUGUUUCGAAAAAUCGAAAAUUUGCAAUCUCAACUGCGGGAGAUAAUAAGAUUGUAAAAUAUAAUUUCAAUGAGGACUUUGAAAAAGAGCCUUUAAUUAAUAGCAUUACAAUAAAAUCUGUUGGAAUCGCUGAUAUUAAAAUACGAACCGAUUCAAAAAUUUUUGCUACAGCCGGAUGGGAUUCAAAGAUACGCGUUUUUUCUUCAAAAUCCAUGAAACCUUUAGCUAUAUUGUCAUAUCAUAAAGAAAGUGUUUACUCUUUAGCAUUCGCUCAUGUUUAUUCACAAGAAGAUAAUGAAAAUACUUCUAUUGACAAUGAAAUUGAUGAAAGAGUAUUGAAUCAUUUCCUAGUAGGUGGUGGAAAGGAUCGUAGAGUCAGUUUAUGGGAAAUUUAUUAG